UAUCUACUGACUCACGUAUAUUGGCCGCAUUUAAGGAUCAUGGACGCAUGCAUGCCAUUAGUUUUAUGAUUUGCUCCUCAUCUGGGAAUUCCCUGAAGACAGGUUAAGAUUUUCAUAGCAUGUAAGACGAUUAAGAUGAUCUAUCUGGAAAGGUACUGCGCAUUGAUGUCAUUUAAAGCUAUAGCAUGGAUGAAUAAAACUAUAUACGUGAUUAGAUAUCAUCCAUCAAAGGGGUGUCUAAAGAAGAUCACGUUCUCCAAAAAAUAAUCACUGGGACACAAGCAAGAAUGGAAAUAACCUGAUAGAACAGCCGUCUUGGGAACAUAACGAGCUUGCCGGGAAAUAAAAAAAAAAACUGGGCUGUUAGUGAAAGAAGCAUGUUCUGAAUGCCGUUCAACGUGUUCCAUUCAACUUUCCUAUUGAACACAAAUAAUUCUGCCUUUCGUGACAUUGAUUUUCUCAUAUGCUGAGACUCCAAUCUGCGCAAAAGCCCGCCUUCAACCAGCAAGUAACCGGCUAUGGGUGUGGGGAGUGAACAACGCUUCAGGUAGCGACUUUUCCUGGCCAUCUCCGUCAAACAGCAGCGGUGAAGCAGCCUGAGAAGCUCAGCAAUGGCAACAUGUACAGAAAGACACGUCUUGGAUGGGUAAUCUCAUAUCGGAGCCGUGUCCGCUCCUGAAGUGUAAACUGAGCUUUCCGCUCUCUCAGGAAAUGCGCUUUUGAAAUGGGAAAAUGCACAGUCCGGCAAAUAUAAUACUCGUGUGCUCUUUGAUGAAAUGGGUUCAUGAAGCUCAAUCUUUGUUUCACCUGAUAAUUGUGCAUCAUAAUGAUCUGCAUGCACAUUUUGGUACAGUAACAACUUACCUGAACCCCUGCAUGAAAACUUACUUAGAAAAACGGCCAUGUUAUGGUGGAUUUGCCAGAGCCGUUUGGUUCGUGAAAAAUCUGAAAUCCACUAAACCGGACGCUAAUUUUCUGGUAGUUAACCCUGGCGAUUUCUUUCAAGGCACCACGUUCUACUCUGUAUUCAAGUGGCGUUUUGUGGCUGACAUGUUGCAAUACAUGCCAUAUGACGCGCUGGCUCUGGGCAACUCUGAAUUUGUUGAUGGUCUCGACGGACUGAUCCCAUUUUUACGCGCCAUCGGGCCGUUGUUUGUUUGCACAAACAUUCGUUUCGACAAGAUCGCAAACGCAUCGCUGCGGCAAGAGAUGAGACAUUAUUGCCCGACCUACAAGAUAAUCCAAUACAAAGCGAAGCAGGUGUGCAUCCUCGGCUACACCACGCCAGUAACGGCCUAUAUAUCACAGGUCAGCUACGUGACGUUCGAGGAUGAAGUAACAGCGCUGACCAGAGAAAUACGAAAACGACGGACUGAUGGGCUGAAAAUCUUCGUGGCACUGGGGCAUUCGGGCUACGAGCGCGACCUGGAGAUAGCGCAUAUGGUACCCAGCCUAGACAUCAUCAUUGGAGCGCACUCUCACACACUUCUAUGGCCAAACAAGAGAGACCCAUUCAAACCAGGCACACCGCGUGACAGAACUGACAAAAUCCGCGCCAAAGCGGCGAGUGCAACAUUGGCAGCAUGAUCGCCGACGCUAUGGUGUGGUCUCUACAGAAACACCACGCCUAUGGUACUCCGAGGACAGUGGUCGCCAUGUUCAACAGUGGCUCCAUCAAGUACAACAUCCGGAAAGGGAACAUCACCCUGGCCUCCAUUCUGACGGUGAUCCCGUACCAGAACACGAUCGAUGUCGUUGAAAUAUACGGUUCGGCCUUGCGCAAAGCUUUAGAGAACAGUGUCGCGAAGGAGUUAGGGAAAUCAGGUCGCUUCCUGCAGAUCUCUGGCAUCCGCGUCGUGUACGACAUGGCCAAGCCUCUCGGCCAGCGCGUUGUGAGCCUGUUCGUGGCGGCGGAGUCGAGCGGAGGGACGCCACGGUUUGAGCCCGUGGUGCCCCACAAGCCUUACCGGGUAGCCAUGACCACCUUCAUAGCGGCAGGAAACGACGGCUACACGAUGCUGGCCAAAGACGAGAUAUCGGUGACGCGCAGGCACGAGCUUGAUCUGGACAUUGUCAUUGGUUACGUCCAGCAGAUGUCGCCGCUGUAUGCGCGGAAAGACGGCAGGAUUCAGUUUGUUGAUCACGCGCCAAGGAACGACAUCAGCAUGUCCAACAGACUGCACCAGCGCCAGUGGAACGUGCUGGGUGGUAUGUACCUGUCGGUAAUGGUCUUCCGGCUAUGCUGACGCAGCUCUCCGAAAGCGAAGUAUCGCUGGAAAUAUUGGAACACUGUGCUUUUCUGCGCGUUGACUGGUGCUAUCAAAUGCAUUGUCGUAGGCACAUCAGGAACACGUCAGGAACACGUCAGGAACACGUCACAUCAGGAACACGUCAC